UGCAUAAUAGAUUAAUAAUAUGAAGGAGCCAUUGAAAGACGGGGUACAGAAGGAGUCACCAUCCUCCCCCAAAAGCAUAGGCAGUGAACCCCGAUCUCUGCAGUACUCUUGUGGUGAACUACCUAUACCUGUCUGGACACGCCCCCUGCUGACUACUCCUGUGGCUCCUCCCACAGACCCCGGUAUAAAGGCGAUCUGAGGCCUGAGCCCGGCCCUCAUUCUCCAGGAUGUAGUAUGGUGGUCAACUACUGCUUGUUCCUUCUUCCAGUCAAUAAAAGCCGAUAUCUCGACUUCACGUCUCAGAGUGAGUUAUUGAUGGUGCAUCAAUUUUAUUGACUGGAAGUUUCAAAAACAUGGAAAGCAUUUUAUGUCCGGAAAGAUUGAAUUUGGACCCCCAAGACCCUGAAGCAGCUCUUGCCUUUGAACUCUGGCUUGCAUGCUUCCAAUUAUACUUGGAGGAGGUUAGUGCAACUGAACCCGCUGUUAUGCACCGAAUUCUCCUUUCGCAGGUCACCCUGAAAGUUUACUCACUUAUCAGAGACCUGUUGACCUACGAAGAGGCACUGGACGCCCUCAAAAGACAGUACCUGCGGCCAGUGAACACCGCCUAUGCAAGACAUCGCUUAGCUAGGCGACGACAGCGGCCUGGAGAGUCAAGCGCCGAGUUUCUCCGAGCCCUACAGACACUCGUCCGAACUUGUGACUUGCAAAAUGCUUACGGCGGAACAGCAUGCGGAGCUGCUAGUAUGAGACGGCCUUUGUUACAGGAAUCAGGUCAGUUUACGUACGCCAGCGGCUGCUGGAAAAUGCCGAUCUUACCUUAUGCUCGGCGAUCGAGAUGGCUGACACACUGGAGGCUGCUCUGCACAAUGCUGAUGCUGUCCAGCCGCGUGAUACCCCGCCGGUUCCUUGGACACAUCAGACCCCGCUGCCGCCGGUUCCCAUGAGCGAAUUUGCCAAUGCCGCUGCCAGUCGCAAUUCCACGAACUCCCCAAACCCAACCACAGCUGCUGCCAGUCACAAGCCCGCGCAGUGUUACUUCUGCGGACCCGAAAAGCACCCCCAAAAACGCUGCCCGGCCCGAGAAGCGACCUGCUCCAGCUGCGGGAAGAAGGGCCAUUUUGCCAAGGUCUGUAAGUCUAAACCACUAGCAGGGUCGGGCAGCACUGCGUGUGAGACGUGGGGGCCGCCAUCUUGCAUGCCUGGAUGUGGACGGCCAUCUUUGUCGGCAUCAACAUGCCCCGCCCCCGACCCACCGGUGCUUACCAGACACCAAGACGGCGGUUCAACUCUGGCCACUGUAACCCUCGACCAAAGUGCCCGACACCAGCUUGCAAGGUCAAUGAUGGACAUCCUGGUGGAGGGGCACAGGACUAGCUGCCUGUUUGGCACGUGCAGCACUGAGAGUUUUAUUGACCGGGACACAGUGCAAUGCUGCGGACUCGUGACACGGCCGGUAAGCCAGAGGGUUACCUUGGCUUCUGGGUCGUAUUCCACAGACAUCCGGGUGGGUUGUGUAGCGACAUUGGUGGUGCAGGGCACAGAAUAUCGGGACUUUGCGCUACUGGUCAUGCCUCAACUGUGCGCGCCUGUGCUAUUGGGGCUGGACUUCCAGAGCCAUCUCGAAAGUGUGACUAUGGCAUAUGACGGGCCCCUUCCACCACUCACUGUCAGGAAUCCUUAGUUUGGAAGUCUGCCACUGGGACCACCCUACCGGCUUGGCUGACAUCCCCAGGGCCAGUGCUGCUCUGGAAACAUGUGAGGAGCAAUAAAUACUCCCCGCUGGUCGAGCGGGUUGUCUUACCUGAUGGGCAGGAGGACAUGGUCUCCAUCCACAACCUGGCGCCCGCAGGAGCAGCAGACCACCACCCCGAACACUCCACAGUAACUAUGAACCCUGUACCGAGGUGACACUGCACACACCAAACCCUACACAGACUCCUCACGACACUCCUAUACCGGGCGCCUCGCACACGCAUGAGGGAUCACUGACGCCUCCAGUUAGGCCGGAACCAGCACAACCACCGUCUCCGGUGCAAUCACCACCGGCACCUGUGCAAUCACAGCCGGUGCUAUGUAGAUCGCAGCGACAGAUUCGACCACCUGAUAUAGACUUAACCUGUAAAUAUACUUGUAAGAAACUUCGCCCCAUGGGGACUCUCUUUUAAAACAAAGUUGGGGGGGUGAAUGUGGUGAACUAUGUACCUGUCUGGACAUGCCCCCUGCUGACUGCUCCUGUGGCUCCUCCCACAGACCCCUGGAUAAAGGCGAUUGAGGCCUGAGCCCGGGCUCUCAGUCUCCAGGAUGUAGUAUGGUGGUCAACCACUGCUUGUUCCUUCUUCCAGUCAAUAAAAGCCGAUA